AUGUACAGCUUUUUGGGAGGUGGAUUAGUCUGUGCUGGAGUUGGAAAUAUACUGCUGGUUGUUUCCACAGCCACAGAUUACUGGAUGCAAUAUCGCCAAGCCAGUGGUGACAUACACCAGGGUCUGUGGCGCUACUGUGUGCCUGGGAAAUGCAUGAUACAACCUAGCAACACUGCUUACCUGGAUGGCAUCAGUGCAUAUAUGAUCUUGGCUAUCAUAACAGGCUUCCUUGGCAUGCUUAUGGGCAUCGCGGCUUUCAUUAACUACAACUCUGUUGAUGGCUUAAACGGAACAUUUCUUGCUGCACUUUUUUAUUACAUCUCAUUCUUUUCCGUGCUUCCUGCGAUGGCUGUAUACACUGGGGUGAUUGUGUUCUACUAUGGGAAGCGAUACGAAAACUGGAGAUUCUCCUGGUCGUAUAUAAUGGGCUGGGUGUCAGUGGUGCUUACAUUCUUUGCAGGUAUAUUUCAUAAAUAUUCUAUAUUACAUUUGGGCAGAUACAAUGCCUAG